CUUAAACUCUGGGCAAAAUUUUUCAUGAGGUAGUUUCCAUCACUUGCAAUUAUGAAGAUCGUUUCUCGGACUGGAAUUUUCCUCUUAGUGAUUUUUCUCAAUUCUAUUGGAAUUUUUGGAUUAAGUUUAAAACCACUGACGGGGUGGCGGCGGAUUCCGAAAAUGUCUUCUUCUGAGCUAAAUCCUCCUAUUAGGUUUUACGAAGAUGGACAUGGCCUUAAACGCAUCUCAGGACCUGUUGAAGUAGGAAUAGCCGGUAAAUUCAUCGUAGGGGUAGUCAGAAAUGGGUUGCUUCAUCCAGCAUAUGAUGCUAAACAACAAAGAAUUAUAGUACGCAUGAGAGACAACCAUCCUUUUCACACAAACUUAUCUCCAGCUGAGGAACCUACCAUCAGAUUCAGAACUGCCCGAGCUGUACUGUAA